CCCCCUCCCUCUCUCACACCCUCCCUCUCUCUCCCCCUCUCUCUCUGUCUCCCCCCCCCCCCCCUCUCUCUCUCCCUCUCUCUCUCUACAGAGAGACGUAGACGGCCGCCCGCGACAAACAACCGACACGCACACCGGCACCGGAACCGGAGCGGGGACACACGGCAGCGGAGGAAGGAGACCGGGAGGAAAGAUGACAGAACGCAGUCAGACCCACGUGAUCCUGCUGUCCUGCGGCAGCUUCAACCCGAUCACCAAGGGACACAUCCACAUGUUCGAGAAAGCCAGAGAGUACCUGCACACGACGGGUCGCUUCAUCGUCAUCGGAGGAAUCAUCUCGCCGGUCCACGACUCCUACGGGAAACCCGGUUUGGUUCCCAGCAGACAUCGUCUCACCAUGUGUCAGCUGGCCGUGCAGUCCUCUGAUUGGAUCAGGGUGGACCCUUGGGAGAGUUACCAGGACACCUGGCAGACGACCUGCAGCGUUCUGGAGCACCACCGUGACCUGAUGAAGAGAGUCACCGGCUGCAUUCUUUCCAACGUCAACACGCCAUCGAUGACUCCUGUGAUUGGUCAGCCACAGAACCAGACCCCACCCGUCUACCAGGACCACGGCAACAUUAAUCACAAGCCCUCAGCUAUCAAGCUGUGGGGGAAGGUCAGCGAGAGCUUCGGAAAGAUCUGCUGCGUCCGUCCUCACAUCGACCGCUUUACCUUCGUCGAUGAAAACGCUAACCUGGGGACGGCAAUGAGGUACGAGGAAAUCGAGUUACGCAUCUUGCUCCUGUGUGGAAGUGAUCUCCUGGAGUCCUUCUGCAUCCCUGGUCUGUGGAAGGACAGUGAUAUGGAGGUGAUCGUGGGGGAUUUCGGAAUGGUCGUGGUUCCUCGUGACGGAGCCGACACCGAGAGGAUCAUGAACCACUCAUCUGUCCUCCGCAAGUUCAAGGACAACAUCACCGUGGUGAAGGACGGCAUGAGCCACCCGAUGUCCGUGGUCAGCUCCACCAAGAGCAGACUGGCCCUGCAGCACGGUGACGGCCAUGUUGUGGACUACCUGAGUCAGCCCGUCAUCGACUACAUCCUGCAGAGUCAGCUGUACAUCAACGCCUCCGGCUAGAGACCACAACCUGCAUGAGAACAGUGCGAGGGGGGAGGGGCUACCUAUGACAUCACCCAUACAAAAUAUAACAACCCCUCCCAACGAAAACUUCCUUCUCUUUCUUCUAUGUCAAACAUGCACUCUUCUUUGAGCUACUCCAGUGGAGCGUUCCUGUCCGUCCGUUUGUCUGUGUCAUGUGACAUCCCCAUCGAGGGGGUUAAGUUGGGGGGUGAUGAGGUAAACUCGGAGGGCUGCAGAUGCAUCAGGGACAUGUUUCUCCACCGACAGUGAAGGCAGCGUUUCCCCACUCUCUUGUUUUCUGUCUUUGAUGAAGUUCUGGGGUGCAUGCUUAGUGUUUCCGGGGCAGGUGGGUGGAAAAAACGCGCCGGGAUCAGGUUAGUGUUUCACUACAAAGAAGGGCGGGGUGAUUGGACCAGAGAGCGGCUGCGCAAGGACAAGUCUCCCCCCCUCCCUCCUUUUUCUAUCAUGUCUUAACUAAAACUACAAAUAUAGAUAAUCAAGCAAAUAAGAAAACACCUUGUCUAAUUAACUUUUUAAAAUUGCUGAUGUACCAUUUAAUGUGACGUGUGUUUGCCGUCUUGGUCACUUCACCACAUUUGAUUACAACGCGUGAAAACAGAUCACGCUUUUUGGCUUUAACCUAGAACCCCUCCAAAAAGGCACCUCUGCCUCGUAGCUGCACAGAUGCUAACAUGGUAACAGCCAUGAAGACAGAAUCACAAUAAGUACGGAAACAAGCGCGAAGCCAUUGUGGCACGCAACCUUUGGCGACACACUCAGCUUGACCUCCGACCUAAAAGGUCGCGCAAUGAAAACCACAGGAAGAUUUAACUGCCCUCUCACAUCCUUUACGGCGCCGGAAAUCAGUUGACAGGGUGACGAUUAACUUUUGCAAAACAAAUCCAACAGCAUUGUUGUUGUUGUUGUUGUCCGUUGUUUUUUUCUUGUUCACGUGCUCCUGUUAGCUCUUCUUACCGUAGACUGCAUGCUUAGACAUGUUUGCAGCUGGCAUGAACGUUCCUUACUUAGUAAAAUGUCAUCUGUCGUGAGCGUGUUUGCUGAAAACAAACAACAAAAAAAAAGAUAUAUAUUGAAUUCUUUGCAUUUUCUAUUCACAUUUAUUUCCGUAUAACUGUGUGUGUGUGUGCGUAUGUUUAUUUUGGGUCACUUUCUGUUGACCCAUGUAGCUAUAAAAUAAAUCUUGUUUUCUGUAUUAAAUUUGUUGCACCUA